AUGAAGGGGCACGCGACCCUUGACAUAGACGUCAGGACAAUUCCAACCGGUUUGGUUCAUGUACCAAAAGUAUGCGUCCUUAUAUGGUAUCAUGACCAAAUGAAAAAAAAGAGAUCACGUCCCGCGCCUUUUCACAACGACCAGAGGCGAAAAACCCACGUUUUCAACCGCGUUUCUGGCACCUCGAAUGUCACUUUUCGCAGCGCUCGCACGCCGAGUCGCGACACAGAUAAGUACUUCCACCAUGUCUUCCUGAUCCGCGUCCGUGCGCUCGAAUCGACCGCUCUCCGCCGCGUAUGCGGCGAGAACAUCGAUCGUCCGAGCGUCGAUGCGCGGAUUUUGGGCGUCCGCGCCCUGGAUCUGCCCGGAGAACCGGCGCACUCGCGUCCUUUCCGGCCCGAAUUCGAAGGUCCGGAUCCAAAACCCGAAAACCCGAAAAACUCACGCGCGUCGUUUCCGCUUCCGCUCCUCCUCGCAGUCGACGUCCUUUGCAAGGUCGGUCCCGAGCGCCGCGGCCUGGCCGCCACCACCGUGGCGGAAUUAAGCGCGGAAGUAGCCACCGCGGUCGGCUUGAUCCAUGGCUCCCAGGACAUCUCCUACAUGCUCAUCUCCGGCUUCUUCGUCUUCUUCAUGCAGGCUGGCUUCGCCAUGCUCUGCGCGGGCUCCGUCCGCUCCAAGAACGUCAUGAACAUCCUCAUCAAGAACGUUCUCGACGCUUGCAUCGGAUGCCUCGCCUACUUCUGCUUCGGCUACGCCAUCUCUUACGGCACCAAAAACUCCAAUUCCUUCUCCGGCGAGUUCGCCGGCGAGGGCUGGUUCUUCCUCGCCAAGGGCGACCACGACGCCGCCUUCGAUACCUGGCACGUCUUCUUCUUCCAGUGGGCGUUCACCGCCGCCGCCGCGACCAUCACCUCCGGCGCCAUGGCCGAGCGCACCGCGUUCCAGGCCUACAUCGCCUACUCCAUCGUCCUCUCCGGCUUCGUCUACCCCGUCGUCGUCCACUGGAUCUGGGACACCGCGGGCUGGCUCUGCAACUGGAAGACUGACAAGGACGGCAACUCCGACCUCCUCAACGACGUCGGCAUGCACGAUUUCGCCGGCUCCGGCGUCGUGCACAUGACCGGCGGUAUCGCCGGUCUCAUGGGCGCCGCCAUCGUCGGUCCCCGCACCGGCCGCUUCGACGCCUCCGGCCGCCCCAUGGCCAUGCCCGGCCACAACGCCGCCCUCGUCGUCCUCGGCACCUUCAUCCUCUGGGUCGGCUGGUAUGGCUUCAACCCCGGCUCCGUCCUCAUGAUCCACGCCACGAACGCCGUCACCGUCGCCCGCGUGUGCGUCACCACCACCCUCGCCGCCGCCUCCGGUGGCAUCGGCGCCAUGAUCCUCAACUACUCCCUCUACAAGGUUUGGGACCUCGUCGCCGUGUGCAACGGCUGCCUCGCCGGCCUCGUGUCCAUCACCGCGGGUGCCUGCGUCCUCCAGCCCUGGUCCGCCAUCCUCGCCGGUUUCGUCGGCUCCGUCGUCCUCUGGGCCUCCUCCAAGCUCCUCCUCAAGCUCAGGAUCGACGAUCCCCUCGAGGCUUUCCCCGUUCACGGUGCCUGCGGCGCCUGGGGCGUCAUCGCCGUCGGCCUCUUCGCCGACCAGCAACUCCUCGGUGACUACAUGGGCAACGCCAAGGCUGACCAGAAGAUCUACGGCGCCUUCCUCGGCGGCGGCGGCAAGCUCCUCGGCAACCAGAUCCUCGGCAUCGUCGUCAUCACCCUCUGGGUCGGCACCACCAUCGGAGGCCUCUUCUUCGCCCUCAAGACCGUCGGCAUGCUCCGCGCCUCCGCGGAGGAGGAGGCGGCGGGUCUCGACGAGUCCAAGCACGGCGGCUCCGCGUACAACAUGGAGCCCUCCAAGGUUUAAAGCAAGUCGCCUCAACGCAGACGCGACGCCGAUUAAUUUAACGAGGCGCGAACGCACGCGGGAACCGCGGUGGACGCCGGCCCGCCACUCGAAAACGAACGUAAUAAGGCGGAGCGUUACCGCUCUGGUGCCCCGACGCGUCGGUCGUCAAAACUGUAAUUAGUCUAUUUUGUGGUUGUUAUACGAGAUACAUAUAAGCACACAUCAC